CCCUCAGCUGUUCAUUAUUCAGAGUCAGACCUGCGCGAGCGCUGGCGGCAGUGGGAGCUUGCACGGCGAUACGCGCGAGUGUGUUUUUAAAACCGUACUCCCAAAAACCUAAACUUUGUGGUUUAUCCACAAGACAUCGGACGCGGCUGCGAGAGCGUCCAGCGCCGCCAAUAUUGUGGCAUGAUCGAGGGUUAAAGCAAACAGAGCUGAAGUCCCCAUUGCUCCUGAACAGGAUUCAAUGAAAAUGUCUGUCUGCGUUCACGAGAACCGCAAGUCUCGUGCCAGCACGGGCUCCAUGAACAUCUAUCUGUUCCACAAGUCCUCAUACGCUGACAGCGUGCUGAUGCACCUGAAUGCUCUUCGGCAGCAGAGGCUCUUCACUGAUGUUAUGCUGCAUGCCGGAAACCGUUCGUUCCCAUGCCACAGGGCCGUGCUGGCUGCCUGCAGUCGAUACUUUGAGGCAAUGUUCAGCGGAGGGCUAAGAGAGAGUCAGGACAGUGAAGUGGACUUUAGGGACUCCAUUCAUCCAGAGGUGUUGGAGCUCCUACUGGACUAUGCCUACUCUUCAAGAGUGAUAAUAAAUGAGGAAAAUGCGGAGUCUCUGCUUGAGGCCGGCGACAUGCUGGAGUUUCAGGACAUCCGAGACGCUUGCGCCGAGUUCCUGGAGAAGAACCUCCACCCAUCCAACUGUCUGGGCAUGCUGCUUCUUUCAGAUGCUCACCAGUGCACCCAGCUGUUCCAACUGUCCUGGAGCAUGUGCCUCAGCAAUUUUCCUGCUAUCUGCAAGACCGAGGAGUUUCUACAGCUGCCCAAGGACAUGCUGGUCCAACUGCUGGCGCACGAGGAGCUUGAAACGGAGGAUGAGCGUCUGGUCUACGAGUCAGCCCUCAACUGGGUGAACUAUGACCUUGAAAGAAGGCACUGUCAACUCCCAGAGCUCCUGCGUACCGUGCGUCUGGCUCUCCUGCCCGCCAUCUUUCUCAUGGAGAACGUCUCCACAGAGGAGCUUAUCAACGCCCAAGCCAAAAGCAAGGAGCUGGUGGAUGAGGCCAUCCGAUGCAAACUGCGCAUCUUGCAGAACGAUGGCGUCGUCAACAGUCCGUGUGCUCGGCCCCGCAAGACCAGUCAUGCGCUUUUCCUGCUUGGCGGCCCGACGUUUAUGUGUGACAAGCUCUACCUGGUGGACCAGAAAGCCAAAGAGAUCAUUCCAAAGGCGGACAUUCCCAGCCCCCGCAAGGAGUUUAGCGCCUGCGCGAUUGGCUGCAAAGUGUAUGUGACAGGGGGUCGAGGCUCUGAGAACGGUGUGUCCAAGGACGUUUGGGUGUAUGAUACGCUUCACGAGGAAUGGUCCAAAGCAGCUCCGAUGCUGAUAGCACGUUUCGGCCACGGUUCAGCCGAGUUGCGUCACUGUCUGUAUGUUGUUGGAGGUCACACAGCUGCCACUGGCUGCCUGCCUGCAUCACCAUCUGUGUCCUUGAAGCAGGUAGAGCAGUUCGACCCAGUUGCUAACAAGUGGAACAUGGUGGCCCCGCUACGAGAGGGGGUAAGCAAUGCAGCAGUUGUCAGCGUAAAGCUCAAGUUGUUCGCCUUUGGAGGAACAAGCGUGGCCCAUGACAAGCUUCCGAAAGUUCAGUGCUACGAUCCUGCAGAAAACCGUUGGACUGUUCCAGCUUCUUGCCCGCAACCGUGGCGCUACACUGCAGCUGCCGUUCUCGGCAACCAAAUCUUUGUAAUGGGGGGCGACACCGAAUUCUCAGCCUGCUCUGCCUAUAAAUUCAGCAGUGAGACUUAUCAGUGGACUAAGGUAGGAGAUGUUACAGCAAAGCGUAUGAGCUGCCAGGCGGUGGCUUCUGGGAACAAACUGUAUGUGGUGGGUGGCUACUUUGGUACACAGCGCUGUAAAACGCUAGACUGCUACGACCCCACAUUGGACGCCUGGAACAGCAUAACUACCGUACCUUAUUCGUUAAUCCCCACUGCUUUUGUCAGCACCUGGAAGCACCUCCCAGCCUGAUGGACGCAUGCAUGUACCCCCUUGUGUGACCCUGCUGUUUUUGAGAGAGUUUCUCAUAUCCCUGUGUCGUAUCGUCUACUGGAUUCGAACUGUGAAGAAAUUCUAUAACCCUCGUGUGCAAUUUUAUGAAGAGAUCAUCUCUCCCAUAAGAGCUAAACAUUGAUGUACACAGUGUCCGAUCACAAAGCUUUUCUGCAAAAUAUUUCCUGCUUAGGAAGCGGCGUGCGUUCAUUGUCACAUCCAGUAUUUUGUGGAGUGGGCUUCACCUUGAAAACCAAAAGUACUGCAAUGCACCCAGCACAUUUUCAUCAUAACCAGCAUAAUCGUCGCACUUCUCUCCCAUAUUUGUGUAUUUUUGUAUAAUGUUGAUGCUGUGCGAGCUAAAACCGACUUGUAUGCCUGCCUCGAUUUGUGUACUGCAUGAAGGAAGACUGGAAGCUUUUCACUGGGAGAUCAGGAAUCUCGGCGCAUGAUUGCAAACAUUAGGACGGGAAGAUGAACAACUCCCUCUUUUUCUAGGACAAGUACCUCACUUUAUCAUGUGUGUUUACCUUCUCUUCUCCCACUUUUGAAAAGAUAAUCCUACUUGGAAUGACAAAGACUAAGGGACCACAUGUUAAGCUUCAGAUUAAGGUGAUCAAGAAAAAAAAAUGAUUAAGGCUUUUCUACUUGUUCUUCACGCCUCUGUACGCAGACUGAUGCUGGACUCUUCUUGCUGAACAGACCUUAGCAGCUCGGUGUGAAAAUGGACAUGGGCACAGUGUGUCCUAAUGUACACACCAGCUGUGUUUAUGUGACUAAGUGGGUGCGAGAGAGUCAUGUCCCAGCAUGUUAGUCCGAGUAAAAAUCCUUCUGACCCCACUGAGCCCCUUCCCACAACAACCUAUCGCAAACACACCCCCGCCACUGUAAACGCCUAAAAGGGAGCGAGCGUGCCCUCUGAGGACGGCGUAAAAUAACCAAUAAACAGUGUCCGUUUCGUAAGUAGAUUCUAAUGACUGACUGCCUUGAGGUACUCCUGUAUCGUGCAAGACACUUCUGCUUUGCCUGUACUAUUCUAAGCACAUACGCUCACAGUAAACGUGAACGACAGAAGGAGAGAGAGAGAAAGAGGUGAGAGUCAUUUCGUCACCUUGCAAGGGAACGCAGUCUCUAUGGCAACGUCAAUGAAAAACCUGAAUUGUAAAAUUAAAAAAGGAUGAAAAGUGCAAGAAGAAACUGGUUGUCUUAAAAUAUUUCAGUGUCUUAAUGGUCUUAAUUUAUAAUUUUUUUAUAUUGCUUUUGUUUCGAUUCAUGGUGUAUUAACAAUUGUUUUGUAUUUAUUGUUUUUCUGCUUGCGUACAUGUUUGGAUGUAUCAAAGAUGACAGGUUUUUGUAUCGCGCAUGGCCCAAAAUGCUAAUGUUCCUGCUGCUCUUUUGCACAUUAGCGUAUGGUAAUUUUGACUGAGCGGGUGGAAUCUGUAGUGGUCAGCUUGAGCUCAUCUGAUCAAAACCAGAACGGGUCUUGGGAGGUCGUAGGUUAUUGACAGGAUAAGAAUGAGCCGAAUGACGUCACAGGUUCAUAUUACCCAGGGUGCAAAGUAGGUGGAGGAGCUGUGAAGUGAGAGGCAGAAACUUGGUGGACUAGUUAGUCAGAAAUUGACUACUUAAAGGCGUAGUUCACCUAAAAAAGAAAAUUCUGUCUUUAUUUACUCUUUGUUGUUACAAACCUGCAUAAAUGUCUUUGUUUUGCUGGACACAGAGGAAGAUAUUUGUAAUCAAGCAGGAAACAGGAACACCAUUGACUUCCAUUGUAGGAAAAAAUACUAUGAAAGUCAAUAAAAUGCUCAAAAAGGGUUUGGUUACAAACAUUUCUCAAAAUAUCUUCCUUUGUGUUGAGCAGAACAAUUAAAUUUAUAUCUAGGGAAUAAUUGACGACGGGCCGCUGAAUUAUAAGAAAAUAAUGCACACCCAAUGUUAAACCGUGGGUGUGCAUUAUUUUCGAAUAAUUCAAAGGACCGGAGUCAAUUAUUCCGCUUAUACCACGGUUACCGCAAACAUUGCUCUGGUGCCUAUUUUUAAAGCAUUUGACAAGUUAGGUGUGCGGUUUACAGAAAAAUAAUCAACACUAGGGCUUUAACCAUAAAUUGCGUAUCCCAUUUAAAAAGACUUGUCUAAAAUCGAUUCUGAAUCGCAAGGGUGCGAUUUCGUGUUUCACGCGCAGCUUGUGCGUGUACUUGGUCAGUAAGAAGUCCUUAUCAAUCUAAAAUAAUUAUGAGUCAGAGUCGUUUAUAACGUGCAUUUAAAAAAGCAACACUCGUUAAACAAAAUCAAUCAAAAUUUUCUUUAUUAUCAUGAAAAUACCUGAAACAAUCUGAAGAACGGCUAUAUAAAUAUUCUUCUAGACAUUUCCUGGAAUAGCGUUUGUAAUGAGUUUCUGCACGAGAGCGCCCCCUGUCUUUGUAUGUGCCGGGAUUACACCGUAAUUCAUUAAAAUUCAUUCAUUGAGAAAACGCGCAUUUGCACGAUUAAUCGUUACAGCCCUAAUCAACACCCAUGGAACAUUUCUCAACCAAUCAGAAUAAAGCGUUCAACAGGCCCGUGGUAUAAAGUUUAUAGCAACAUGAGAGUGAGUAAAUAUGACAGAAUUUAAAUUUUUGGGUGAACUAUCCCUUUAACACUAACCACUCCCCAAGUGAUCCCAAUGCCAUGAUACCCAGUACUGAUGCACAAAAUAAAAUUUAAAGGGAUAGUUCACAAAAAACGUACUCUUAUCAUGUCCAAACUUCUUCUGUGACUUUCUACUUUCUGUGAAAUACAAAGAUGUUAAGCAGAAUAUAUGAAAGGCAUCCUAUUAAACCACACAUGCAUUUCCAGCUUACAUGGAAGUGGGUCCUAAAAAGAAGAAAAAUUAUUUCUAACCAGUAGUGUUACUUACAUAGUGAAUUUGCAGUAGACCGUUUUCAUUUUUUUUUUUUUGACCUAUCCCUUUAACUACAAACCUCUGAAACAUUACCACAGAUUGUUGUCCAUUACAAGUGGUUUUAACUAGUGCCCAGUGCUAAACACAGUCCAGUAAGGAAGCUCUGCUCGGCAUCCAUCACUCUAAACGUCCUUUGUGACUUGUAAGGAGCUUGUAAAGCUAUCUGAGGAAUUUGACAUCGGCAGCUGCUCUAAGAACAGCUGGAACCGUCACCAGCAUGUCGUAAUUAUGACUGUCCCUCGCAGUUUGAAGUAUUAUAAGCAGUAUGAGUGGCUGAAUAACACCUCCCUGGAUGAUGUAGCUACAGCCUGUGGUGUAGAAAAUGUAAUACUAUAAAAAUUAUAAUUUUUGUGUUGUUAUGAUUAAGCUGCAUCCCAAAUAACUUUUAAAAGCGAUGUCUACAUAAGGGCAAAGACACUAUGGUGCUUUUAUGGCAAUGCGAAACAUCUGUAGAGAUAGAUAUUAGUUUUAAAGCGACACAAGACGACAAAGGUUUUUGGGUUAGGUUGAAUAACACCGCUAGCAACUCGCUAUGCUGUAGCUUUUGUGUCGAGUACAAACAAACUAAAUCGCUUUACAUUUAUGGACAUUCAGAAUAUAGUGUUCUGUAUUGUUUCACUGCACAGCGACAUAGCAUGUAACAGCUAUAUAUAUUGUAAUGGCUUUCUAUUGGAAAGCCCAUAUAGAGAGCGAGCGAGAGAGAGAAAGAAAAAACAGCAAUGAGUAGUUCACAUUCCUCGCACAACCCCCCAGCAAAGUAGGAAAUUCUUGCUUACUGUGUUCCCUUUUAGCCUUUAGGGGGUCUUACACCACCUCCAUCUUUGACCUGCCACCUUCCCCCAUUCUGACCUCCAGCCAAUCAGAAAAUCCCAUUCCACCCACAGUUGCCACAGUGAUGGUCAACAAUCAUUGCCCCCCCCUUACUUCAACUGGUAAUAGUCAAGUGUUUUGUUUUUCUCUUUCUCGCUCUCUCGGACUUCUCUGCUCCUUUUUCCUCCGUCUCAAGUGAACGAUUGAAUCAGAUGUGACUCACAGGCCUGUGCGCACUGAGAACUCUUCAACGCUGUAUGCCUUCACAAACAGAUGCAUUGCUCAAAUACUGUCAAUGUUGGCUGUACUGUUGUUUUCGUGAAUGUCUUUUUUUUCUUUUCUAUAUUUGUCGUAUUAUAUUAUUGUAUUGUUAUUUUAUCUCAACCACAGCGGUUAACAUUAUUUUGUACAAGUGAUUUUUUCACAAUGUGAAAUUCAUGGCUUAAUAAAAAUAAGAGUUUUUCCUCUUGAUCGAUAUAAAAGCAUAA